AUGAAGCGCGAGUUGCGCACUAUUCUGCAAGCUUUACAAGAAGGAAAGACCACUGAGCGUAAACAGGCGGUCGAGGACAUUACCCGAUACUUUCAAAACCCACUCAAAGCCGCCAACCUUGGAACCAUCACCCAAGAGGAUUGGAAAGACGUGUUUGGCGCGCUCUCUUCCGCUGCACGACAAGAGCAUGACGGACUCAGAGGAGCGUCCAAGGGCCUCGAUGCAAAGAAACGAAAGAUUGAGGAUAUCAGCGUCGCCGUCAGGAUCGUCGUCGCCACGAGCAUCCCACAUCUCAACAACGUCGCCAUUGAAGUUCUUGUCCCACUUUUACUAGACUUAUUGAGUCAGCCGGGGGCAUUGGCCAACACGACUGGCCAAAAUUAUGGAAGAGCGUUACAGAGCAUUGUUGCGCACGGUCCGCACGUUCGUUCCUUCAAGGUCAAGACAUGGAAGCGCCUUUCGCGACUUGCUUGGGCAGUCUUGCUCAACGAUUCGCCUUCGGAUGUUCAUACAUGGACCGAGGAAGAUCCAAAAGUGACUGGUCGAGCUAGCACGCCAUCUGCCGAAGCCACUGCAUCGACGACCCAGUUCAUUUUCGCCAGUAUCAUUCGCCAUCUUUGCGCCUCGCCGUUUGCCCCCUUCAUCGAACGAGAUGCGAAAAGUCGAGCAGACUAUAGCGAAGAAGUAGACGAAGAAACCAAUUGGGCCAUGUACCUGAUGGUCAAGUUUUGUCGAUACUUUGAAAUGUAUCGAGGUGCAGUCGCAAGCCACGUCGACCUGAUUCCAGCCCUUUGUCAUUUCUUGGAGCAAGUAGAGCUCAAUAGGAUUCUUGACAUGAUGUGGCUAUCCCGUCGUCUAUGGCCCACCCUAGUCGGGAUCGUGCGCUCUAUUCGUUCGCCAGUCAAUCAGGCUCAAGUUGUCUUUAUCUUCAAGGUCCUAUUGCCAUACCUGGUCCUCUCGCCGUUUGAUGCCGGACGGGCUGACGGGCUCGUUGUCAUUGACUCCAACAGCUUUAAUCCGCUUACAGACCUACUGUUAGCGUUUGAUCAACUCUCGUUUGGAAAGAACGCAAACGAGUGCCUCUCUCUUGACAGCCUUCGUCUUGAGCUGAGUUUACCCGACGAGACGUCUCGUGCUGCUUUCUCGACAACCGUAUUCCGCCAUGGCCCCGCCUUCAAUGUAUCUCAAGCUUAUAUGUGGGCUCUUCUUGAAGUUCAUAGUGACUGUAUUUUCUAUCUCUAUCGACAAGAGGAAACAACACCUCAUCUCCGCCACGACUCGGGCGAACCACAGACCAAGAGGAGACGCUCUGAGAAUGCUCUAGAGGUGCUUCUUCACGAAAUCAAAACAGUCACCAACAUCGCGCAACAACUUUAUCGAGUACAAGUUCUUUCAUUCCUCAUCUCGUCUCACUGGGAGGAGCUAGACUCGACACAUAGACAACUCAUCAUAAGCACUAUCAUACGUAUUUCAAACGUGGAUGACUCCGUCUCCAGCUUUGCGUUGCUCACGCUAGCUACGAUCGCAGCGGCACCUGCCGUGCGUCAAGACGUUCCGCCGUCCACAUGGACAGGAAUGUGGGCGAGUGGGUACCAAGCUCUCAUCUCCAACUCGCCUCAGUUAUGUAGGGCCGGUGCACAUUUAUUGUACACGCUCUUGCAUGCCAAUCGGGUCGAGACGAGCGUCGCUUUGCAACACAUUGCAGAGUUUGCACAAGUCUUCCAGACUGAGAACGAGUUUUUUGGACAGGAUGCACCAAUGGUGUCGUCCGCAAACCUUGUUAUCCGUCGGUCGGUCAGCAUUCCUAUUAUCAGCGAAGCAACCUGCGCGAUUCUUUCCAAGUUUGUCACUCUUGCCGACUCUGAUGCCUCGCUAUGCCGUCUUCAUCUUGAAGACGCGUCAAAGCGGUGGCUCAGAGAAUCAUUGUACCGUCUAAUCAAUAUGGAGCAGGCGUCGGUAACAACCAUUCGACUAGGCAAAGGGUCGAGAGAGGUCGAUAGGACUCCCCGGUCAUCCCAACAACUCGACUCUUGCUUCAAUGUUCAAGAUCUCCUUCGCCUGCUUCAGGCAAUUGGCGCAGUAGAGGCCCGUCCGACUCUACGAUGCGAAAUGCCUCUACCAGACGACGAGUUUGCACGCAUGUUUGCUGCUUAUGAGGAGGAUCACGCACUGCGUCAAUUUGUGAUCAACGCAGUCAUUCCUCGUUUGCCGCUCGCAAAGGGUAACCAGGUCGGAAGCGUAGACCUAGAACAUAAUAGUUCUGGGAGCAUGGGCCAAGAAUUGGCUUCUGCUGGUGGACUAGAGGAACACUUUGCAAUCGAAUUUACCCCUUCACCACGGGCCUCAAAGGCAAUCACCAUGCUCGAAGAGGUCCUCGGUGAGGCUAUAUCGAGUGUGGUUCAAGCCCAGGAUUCGAUACCAGAGGGUAGCCAACGUCGACAAAGAUCCACCGUCCUCGAUAAAAGCAGACUUCUUACCAAAAUCUCGACUCUCGCGCUCUCUUUCCAGGCAUGUCUCGAGAUGAGCAGCACACGAACAAAUACAGAGCUGUACCGUCAAGCGUUUGCAGCGCUGCAGCUGGUUGCACCCUGGUCGACACCAUCUCCGACAUCAGGAGAUUGGAAUGCAGAGAGAUGGGUCGUAAUCAUCCAUGAGCUUCGUCCUCUUGUGUGGAUUGCUCCCAAGGAGUCACGGGAGUCACACCUCCCAAAGAGCCUUCUCCUCCGACCUGGACCAAAAUGUGGACUACGACGUGCAAAGUCAAAUCAACUCUCGAAGGAUCCAGUGGCUCUGCGCCGCAAGCAAGAGGAUGACAGCUCGCAACGUCUUCUUGUACUUGUCUGGCAAAAUAAGCUAGCCAACGAGUUUCUGGAGAUAGCCAGCAAUGCAAUCUCAGUGCUUUUGCCAGCAAUGGUCGAAAGUUGGUCGCCCGGGACCACGGAAUCAGCAAGAGUCAACAGUCGCGAUGUCGAGGAUAUGGAUUUCCAGGACGCCCAGGCGAGUUUGAAGGAGAAGCCUGUCUCUUCAGCUGGUCUAGGUGAUACUUUUAUCCCUACUGCAAUCGCCUUAGCGGUCACAAAAGCCCUGAAAGACUCAAAGGUAUACUGGAGUAUACCGUGGCUAGACGAUCUAGUAGCGGACGCCCAAGGAGAGACAUUUCUCCGCCUUUUGCAGGGAUAUUGUCUCUCUAUUAUGUCCAGAGUCACCCCGCUCAACCCAAAUUCCGCAUGCGCCCUGCUCGAAUCGACUAUCUCCAAGCGGAAGACAUGGGAGUUAUGGAAAUCGGAGAGUAUGCAUCUUCAGACGCUACAGCUGCUCGAUGUACUCUCAAAUCAAUGGAUCAAAGACGAGGGCAAGCUGCGUGAAGUUGUUCGGGCUCUCAUUCCGAAAUGGAUCGACAAGAAGAUCAUGAGCGGAGGGAGCUGGAAAUCCCUCGUAGCGCUACCUACCCUUCUCGAUCGCUUCCUUGUGUCAAAUCCAUACGCCUCCUGGUGGGGAGACGAAGCGGAUGAGAGGAUGGACAUUGACAAUGAUUCUGCCGAGGAAGAUACUCGUACCCCUCUAGGACUGUUAGCAGUUCUGCUGGUGGAUGGAGAUAUCCGUGUCCGGUCUUCUGCAGGCGAGGUCUUUGCCACAAUCUUUCGACGCCUUAGUGGCUCGGAAGCUACUACGAUGAAUUUGUAUAACGAAGAGCUCUCACUAAAGCUCCCCAGAAAUUCCAACUGGCAAGUUAACCUGGUCAUAUCCCAGUUGGAGGGAAUGCUCUCUCGAUUCAUAGCGCUUUCCAACGUCAUGAUUGUCUCUUCUCCUCUUCGGCGAGGAGUGUACUGGCACCUGAUCGAGGUCUGUACGGAAACGCCACGGUACACCCCAUACUUGUCCUCCUUGACGGAUGCCAUCUCGCGACACCUCGGCUUUGACAGUAGUCGCGAAUUGUUUGUUGCACACGCUGGGCAACUGGCACGCCAAGCCAGCGUAUCGUCCAUCGAAUUUUUCCAAGUACCCCCUCGUCUGCUUGGGUUCCGUACCCACAAAGACUGUGCCGACGCCAGCUUAGCUUCCAUCGUGCCCAUGAUCUUCUACUCUUGUCGACCCUCUGACUUUUACAAAACCAGUCCCGUUCAAGACCCUUCGAUUAUACGAUACUGCAAGGCGAUUCAUAGGUCGCCGCGCGAUGUUAUCAAGGAAUGCUUUGCCGAGCUGGUGGCGGGGUGUAUAAUCAUCGAAGAUGGAAUCGAAGCUUAUAAUCCCAACGAGUCACAUCGACUAUGGACUUGGAUUCUUCGGUGCGCACAAGAUUGUGAACCUGAUACAGACCCCAAGGAGUUCUUGCGAAGACAGGCAGACAAGAUUCUUGCCUCUAUACUUGGCUAUCUGUCAGACUAUGGCUUUGAGCCGAAUGGUAGAAUUAUAGAUGCUCUCCGCGAGGCGUCGCUCUUGGAUCAAGAGUGUAGCCAACCUACCCUCCGACGAUUACAGCGACUGUCUCGGGAUGAUGUACCUACCAUGCACGGGGUAAAUGGUCCCUCUGCUCCGGCUAUCACCGUAUUACGGGCUAUGCAAUGGUUCUGGUCCUUACAAAUACCAGAAGAGGAGCGUGAUGCACUGUAUCUCCCUGUCUGUUACCAUACGACCCAGCGCCUGUUUGUUGCGGCAAACUCGACACCGCUACUCAAUGAACAGGCUCGAUACAUGCACUCACUCAUCGUCUGGCUCUGUGCCUUUGCAGGGAUAAUGGGCGACAAGACGGUGAUACAUCUCGUACUGACCAGUUGCAUGACUUUGAUCCAACAAGAGGACCUUGCUCCUCUUUCACAGGUCAUCAUGAGCUGGGCUUUUGAUGAGGCCCGAGCUCCCGCUGGCUCCGCUGACGAAUUAGCCCUUGCUCCGGUGAUUAGUCGAGUUGCAGAACUCGGACUUCACUACUCAUCCGCUUCUGAUGAACAGACCUCGGCUCUCGGAAUGAGGAUGCUGGAGUGGAUUGAGAGAGAGGUGCAAUCUCUGUGCAAAGUGGAAAAGUUCAAAGAGGAACUACGGCCAGUAGUUACUCUCUGGCCUCGGAAAGUUGAAGCUUUCUCUCAGUCGAGCCUCGCCCUGGGAUCUCUGUCACACGAACACGAGGUGGACAUACUUUUCCGUGGGAAGUAUCCAAUUGGAUGCUUCCGUGCGGUGCGCCAUUUGAGCUCCCACGAGAGGUAUACCACCCAUAUUUUCGCAGCCAAGCAUUUCUGGACCCUCCGUGAUCAUAUUCCAGAUGACGAUCUACUUCUCCCGGAUGAUAUAAAUGCCUUCAUGGAGCUUCUCUACCAUGUAUCCGGGCAGAUUCAAUCCAUACGGAGCGAAGUACCACCCGAGAACACGCUCUGCGCUCGUCAGAGAGAGAGACCUGCGGAAGAUAGAAUCAAGGGGAUCAUUGUGGAAUGGCUCUUUGAUUCGCUUUCAAUUUCUCCACCCACCUCGCUUCAUAAGAUCCACGAAACCUUGCGCCGACUAUGCCAUCCUGACUGUGGAGAUUCCACCACGGGAAUCGAAGACCUACUCUCUCCCAUUCGAUCAGGGUUCCUGGAUGCCAUUCGAGCACCCUCCUCGAGCAUCUCUGACAUUAAGAAACCCUCAUUUCGGGCAAUGACCACCAACUACACCAGUUGGGUCUGCGAGAUAGGGUCAUUCUUGGCAAAUGUCAUCGGACAAUACGACCUCUUCUUCGCACAAUUAUCCCCCCUACUACGUUGGUCAUCCUCAUUUGCAGCGGAAAUGCUGCCAGUCUUGGUACAUCAGGCGUUGUUGCUUGACACACAUGGUCGCAUGAAGAAGAGCGUCCGUGGUUCACUCUCGACCUACUUCAUGCAAACAAUACGUGGCGAAGAAUCCGAAGUUGCCGUACGCCAAGCGAUCCUCGACGUCUUUCUGCAUCUUCGGCACCUGGAUCCUGGGAAAAGCGAACCCCUAGCAUACGAUACCUGGCUUGAGAUGGAUUAUCUCGAGUUGGCGAAGACGGCACUAUCCUGUGGCGCGUAUGCAACGGCAGUCCUCCUUCUGGAGUUGGUAGAGGAGCAUAAAAACCCAAAGGUUCCCGCUGACUUUGGGUCAACUUAUGAGGAAGCGCUCUAUGAGAUUUAUCGGCACAUUGACGAGCCGGAUGGAUUCUACGCUAUCCCAGGGAGGGACGUCAAAAGGCACCUCAUGUACAAGUUCAAUCAUGAAGGAAAGUGGGACAAGGCGUUUCAAUCCCACGUCUCAAGAUAUGAGAUAGAGCAUAGCAGAGCCGUAGGAAAUCGGUACCAGCACCUUUCAGAUGUCAUCCAAUCUCUUCAUUCCUCUGGAUUCAACCAUCUGGCAAUGUCACUUGCAGGCACUGCUAUAAGCGAUGGAGCCAGUGCUUCCUCCGACCUAACCUAUGCAUUAGCCUGGAGGACUGAAUCCUGGGACUUACCACCGUCGUCCAACCCAUCCCUUCGUAGCGCUGGCCUGUAUGCAGCCAUGCAAGCGGUACACAGGGGCCGUGAUCUGGAAGCCACCCACAAGAUUUGCGAUCGCUCGAUUCGACAAGAGAUGAAAAUUCUCAAGAGAUCGAAUGCAGAAAACGUCUCCGAGAUGAGGAAGUGUAUAGAAAACCUCCUAUGCUUCCGUGAAAUCAAAUUAUGGCUCCAAGACUGGCGCCAACUUCACGCCCGUCUCCCUGACUCGACAUCUGAAUGGUUCGAGAGCUUUUCGCGCCUUGCACCCGACCUCGAGUUUGACGCUGCUGAAGCCCUCAUUGGAACGAGGAUUGGUGGCACGGAAUCCUCAUCACUCGCAGACCUCGUCACUCUCGAGACCCUCUGUCUAACAAGCCUCGCUGAAAGUGCACGACGGUCGAAGAAGCCUCAAGUCGCAUUCAACGCUGUUUCCCAAGCUCAGCAGAUUCAAACGGAUGACAGCUUUCAUGUCUCAAGAGAGUUUGCAGAAACCUUGUGGAUACAAGGAGAACACUCGACCGCAAUUCAAUUCUUAGAAAAGCUCGCUGCACGGCAGUUCCAUGAGACUGGGCUUUCGGCUUCACCCAACAUCAGAAUGGAUGAACGUCGUGCCUGGGCCAUCGUUCACUCUCAACUGGGGUCGUGGACAACCGCCGCACGCUCGCUCGAUCCAUCGGACAUUCAAAGACGAUUCUUCGACCCGGCAGUUCAGCUACUGGACCCUCAGACUCAGAUUUCAAGACGCUCGGCGAAGGGUGUUUACCUCCAAUACGCAGAGUUUGCGAAUAGGCACCUACGUCGAAUGGAUGAAGCAGAGGAGUACCAGCGUCAACAAGACUGGGUCAUAAAGGUUGAAGCAGAGCUUCAACAAUUGAAUCAGGCGUACAAGAAUGCCCAAUCUUCCACAGAAAAGGACCUAUUUCGUCGCCGCAGAGAUAAGACGUUACUCUUGCUCCGAGAGGACCAGAAGACACUCGAACAGCAUCGAAAGGCGGCUACAACAUUCCUAGAGCAGGCUAUCUCCAUGUUUGCUCAUUACAUGGAAGUCUCGGACGACUCUGACGAGGAAGUGGCGAUUAAAUUCUGUGGGCUCUGGUUCUCUCGAUUCGACUCGGAGAAAUCGGCGGAAGCUAUUCGACAUGCACUACAACGCAUAUCAACAUAUAAGCUACUCUUUUUGGCACAUCAGCUCACUGCUCGGCUAGGUAUCAAGUGGCCCACUGCUUCAGAAGGCAAACGAAAUCACAAGGCAUUGAAUCAACUCGUGGAAGCAAUGUGCACACAGCACCCUUUCCACUCAUUGCUACAAGUUUUGACUGCCAAGGGUGUGGAUAACCUUCCAAAGGUCAAAGGCGAAGAAAUCCCUUCUGAGUUCACCCAGAACAGAGCAGAGGAGGCGAAGAAGAUAAUAGAAAAUGUUCGAACGACGCUCGGCUCCGGGACUGGCCAGCAGUACAAACGACCCGAGGGUUUCAUGAACAUGAUGGAGGAAGCAUUGAAAGGUUACGUCGAAUGGGCGCGAUGGCCUAUCAAGGAUAUGGGGUGCAAGAGUCGCGUAUGGUAUAACAUACCCCCAAACCUUGCCAUCUAUCGCUGGGGAAGUAGCAAGAAUGGGAAGCCGCAGAUCGUCCUGCAUAUCCCACCGGCUACGGCAGACAUUCCUGUCUCUAUGAAUGGGGACUAUUCAAAUAUUCCAACGAUCAAGUGCUAUGAACGUAGCUUCACUGUCGCAGGCGGGUUACAUGUCCCCAAGAUCAAUGAAUGCAUCGAUACAGCAGGUAAAAGGCAUCGACAAUUGUUCAAAGGAGAAGGUGAUGAUGAUCUACGGCAGGAUGCAGUCAUGGAGCAGGUAUUCCAGUUGAUCAAUAUCCUACUCAAGCAAGACCGCGAAAGCAAGCGCAGGAACCUCUCACUUCGUAAUUACAAGGUUAUCCCUUUGCCUGGUCACGGUGGUCUGAUCCAAUACGUCCUCAACACCGAAGCAAUGAAUUCAUGGCUGCCCAAAGCUCACGCCCGAUAUCGUCCCACCGAUUUGCCAUUCACAGAGACACUGAAGUUGCUAAGGCAAAUAUCAUCCAAAGCUUCAUUGGAUGAGAGAAUUCGAGUCUUCAAGCAUAUUCGAGACAACUUUCUACCAGUAUUGCGACACUUUUUCACCGAAUCCACAAAGCAACCCAUGGUCUGGUAUUCGAAGCGGCUGGCGUACACCCGCAGCGUGGCGACAUGUUCAAUAGGCGGUCAUAUUCUGGGACUUGGAGACCGACACAUGGGCAAUCUAUUAAUGGACGUUCACACAGGAGAAAUGAUCCACAUCGACUUAGGUAUCGCAUUUGAUCAAGGAAAACUCUUGCCGAUCCCGGAAACGGUUCCAUUCAGGCUCACAGCGGAUGUUGUAGAUGGGAUGGGAGUUGCAGGGACCGAAGGUGUCUUCCGUCGGUGUUGCCAGGAGACUCUUCGUGUUCUCAGAGAGGGCUCUGAGACCAUCAAUACCGUGCUCGAGGUGUUCAAAUAUGACCCGUUGCACAGUUGGACUGCGAAUCGUAACAAAUUGCGUCGAGUGCAAGAUUCUUUCAAUGAAGAGUUGGAGGGGUUCAAGAAGCCGGAAGCAGUUGUUCAGGGUGCCGAACGAGCCAUCAAGUCUGUCACCAAAAAACUGGACGGCUCGCUCAGCGUCGAAUAUACGGUCAAUGAGUUAAUCGUGCAAGCUCGCGAUCCAAACAAUCUCUCUCGUAUAUUCGCUGGUUGGAACCCGCAAUGUUGA